AAACAUUAUCUUUUGAAUUAUUCGGUCCUUCACAUUUGAAAUCGGAACACAUUUGGUCCAUUUUGGACGGUUCCGUCAAAGUUUAGACGGUUUUAAUUACCGGGUCAAAAAUCCGUCACUAAUCCAUCACUAAUUGGGAGAAAAUGAUCCGUCAUAAAUCUGUCACUAAUCCAUCACUAAUCUGUUACAAGCUGUUCGAGAUAAUUGAUCAGCUUUCUCGCGACUAUCGCAACCUCGCGACGCAGUUCACCAGAUCCAGAAUGUUCGAGAAGAAAUGCCACGGCGUGAUCUACAGCCUCUGCUUCAUCUCGGUGCUCCUCGCCACCUGCUUCUACGGCGUCCUCCGCUGCGACGGUUUCCUCACACACAUUCUCUCCGGAGGCCUCCUCAGAUUGAUCUGGAUGCAGGUCGCCUACCUAUGGCACUACUCCGGCCACUACAACAUCAUGAUUAGCCCUAGAUUCAACAAACUGGCGCAGAUCCUCACCGGUAACUGCCUCACCGGCAUCAGCAUUGCGUGGUGGAAGUGGACGCACAACGCGCGCCACAUCGCCUGCAACAACCUCGAUUACGACCCCGAUCUCCAGCACCUCCCGAUGCUCGCCGUCUCCACCCGCUUCUUCACCAACCUCACCUCCAAAUUUUACAACAGAAAGCUCGAAUUCGAUCCAAUCACCCGAUUCUUCAUCAGCUACCAGCACCUCACCUACUACCCUGUGAUGUGCGUCGCCAGAGUCAAUCUCUAUCUCCAGACAUUCCUCCUCCUCCUCUCCAACCGCAGAGUCCCCGACCGAGCCCUAAACAUAUAGGGAAUCAUGUUUUUCUGGACAUGGUUCCCUCUCCUUGUCUCCUGCUUGCCCAAUUGGACCGAACGCGUGCUCUUCGUGGUGGCCAGCUUCUGCGUCUGCGCCAUCCAGCACAUCCAAUUCAAGCU